AUGGAAAUGUAUUACAAAAACAAAUAUGGAACAAGUAUUUAUAAAUUUUGAGAGAAGUUUGUAUAAUGCAAAGACUCCUGUGCCUCAUGAUGACAUCGAUAUCGAUGAUGUGGUUUAUGUAUCAUGGUAAAGCCCAAAAUGAGGGAAGCCAAUGGGACCUUGAAGGGGAUAACAUUGAAGCAACCUCCAAUCAAUCGGCACACAGCUUCAUGCAAGUACAAAAAAUACCCAAAAGAUAUCGUAACUUUUUGAAUUGGAGUAACGAGGUCCAGAAUAACAUGAAGACCUUUCCUGCAAAGCGAAAUCCAUUUCAUAAUGAAGAGCAAAGAAUCAAAGCACCUUGGGAUCCUGCCUACAAUGAAAGCCUUGAUUAUCGGGAAAACCAAAAAGCAUUCUCCAGGAGGAGGAAACGGCAAGGAAAACGUAAAAAUAUUACGUAUCCCCUAGAAAAUCAUAUGGAAUUCAAUCGUCAUCCCACUUAUGGCAAACUCUAUCACAUUGUCGUCAUGAUGCCCAGCCUAGGCACUGAAAAAUUUGUUUUGACCUUGGCGGCCGAUACGAAUGAUUAUCUGAUCGAUGAGAUAGUGACUGUACCCAACGGUAAGCCAAAUCCCUGGCGUUACACCAAAAACUUGCCGUCGAUUUUGAGAAAGUAUGGCAUUCGUGUUACCAGGCUGCCGUACAGAAGUGGCUACUACUAUCCCACGCGUGCUAGUUACUUCAACUCUCAUCAGCGUUACGUGUAUAUCAUGACUAGGGCUUUUAAGAAUAGAAAAAAACAUUUGGCACGCAAAGCACGACGUGGUAUCAAAAUAAUAUUUCCAAAAUCCAUGAGUUGUGAUCCGAUGUUGAACCUUCCCUUCUGCAAGAAUCCCGAUGAACCUAUAGAUGUCUCACCCCGGAGUCAUUUGCAAUUCUUUGCCGAAUUAGGAGACGAAUGCGACAGUUUUGAAUACGAUCAUGUGGAUUGGAAUUUUUACGAUAUGAGCGAGAAUCAUCUGAUUGGUCAUGCGGGUAUAACCAAGGACCUUGUGCUCAAGAUACCACCAUAUAAGAUCAAAUUUAAAUACUAUCCACGUUUGGUACGUUUUCUAUUUCUCUUGCGUGUAAAUGCGAUUAUAAACGGCGUGAAUUGUGUGGCAAGGUGUUAUGUACGCAUGGUCGCACUUCAAGUGGAACCAAGAAUCCGGGGCAACAUUUUUCGACGGGCCAAUUCAGCACGUGAGAUUGUGAUGGAUGGCAGUCAAAGUAGAGACAGAUCGAGGGCACGGAAGGAAGAUUAUUCCAGGAAAUUCCUUUGGGGCUGUGUCAGCGUAGAUGAUCCUAAAAAUAAGUACUGCCGUCCAAAAAUGAGUACUAAGGAAAAGAUAAAAAUACCACCAAAUGCACUGAAACCGGGAAAUUUCUAUAACUACAGUUUAACAUUGUAUUCGCGAAUGGAUUUCCGAGUCUAUGCCACGGAAUAUCAAAUGCUGGAAGUUGUCAAGCAACGUACAAUCACGCCAAACAUACGUUGCCAUCGUAAUUGCUAUCUGAAAACGUAUGCCCCUAUCGACAGCUUCCACUUUUCGGGUGAAUGUGCCGAUUGUGAUUCAGAGGUUUAUUUCUAUAGAUGGUAUGUGACAGUGCCAGGGGGACAGCCAAAAAUAGAGUCAAAAUCUAGAAAUCUUGUAGCACGGCAUACUGAGCCGAAGCUAAAGAUACGACUGGAGAUCGUGCUAAGGAAUGGUGUCUCCGGAGAGGCACAUUUCUUAUUGGUACGAAACGAUGGACCACAGAAUGGAGAAUGCCAUAUAUAUCCACUCAGUGGAGUGGAGGCCCAUACAUACUUUUACGUGCCUUGCCUAAACUUCGAAACGAAAUAUCCACCAUUACAAUUUAGGUAUACAGUCGCAAUGAAAGUCAUCGACUCGAAUGUACCGUACCCACUGUUCAAAUUGACUCUACCGUCCACCAACGAGUUACAUGUAUCGAUAUGCGAUUACCUUGACAUGUGCAUAGAUGUACAACUUAAGGUCACAGUGCUUAAAACCAAAAGAAUAGGUGAAUACAACGCAAACAAUACGCUUAAGCAUCUUUCGGAUCUGCAGAAUUAUAUAAGUGAGGUGCCGUACUUGUUGACGCGUGGUAGAUGGAACAAGGCCUAUGUCAAGACACUGGUGGCUAUUCAGAAGAUUAAAACAUCAGCCGAGGGCACAGAGGUCUACGAAUACCUAGACAGGGGAACCAUAAUAACGGGUGCACAGCUCGAACAGCUCUCAGUGUUGGCCUGUCAAGUUAUUGACCGUUUGAUGCCCAUGGACUAUAAAGAAGCAGCCAUGGUUGCUCAAAUAUUUACUCGAAUGAGCGUGGUGUUCGAGCAGAUAAUCCAAGACAUCGAAUGGCUACAUCGGGCAGCGUACAACGCGCUCACCGAGCACCACUUUUUUUUCGUGUCCACACUAGCCAUGCGAACGGAAAAGCAUCCACCGGCGCAGUGCAAGACUCAUGAUGAAAAUUGUAACAUGGGUCAGAGUUUGGGUGCAGAGAGGAAAUUUGAGAUGGAUGUGGAUCCGGUCACCCUGAAGCGCAUCAAUUGGUGGCUAUUGGAAACAUGGUAUCUGUACAAAUGUGUAUACUAUCUGGGUGUUCUCGGCACCAAGCGACAUCAUCCCUACGAUAGAGCUCUGUCAAUGUUCCAGGGCGGCAUUUCCUAUCAAAUGAAUGUAACAGAGGUAACAGAACCUAUCGAAAAUAUAACUGUAAAUACCAUUGAUGAUAUGUUCCAUGUUCACAUUUCGGCGGAGCUCCUUAAGGAGCUAAGGGACCUACUGGCUGAUCCCGCAGUGCUCUUUCAGAUCAUAUCGCAGCAGAACGUUCACAACAUGUACUGGUGGUAUCCGGAGCCAUUGCCAUCGGAGACAAAUGUACUCAUUGUUCAUGCCUACAGUCCCAAAAAUAAUUACCCAAUGGGAGCGCGUUUACCGCUUAAAAAUCCGUUGAAUUAUUACUUGAACAUUUCCAAAUUCAGUGCGAAUCCAGAGUUCGUCAAAUGGAUGGCAAACAGCACCAUCGAGAGCCACUCUCACAUACACGUUUAUAAGAUACAAUUGAGAUCGAAAAGUGUGUUGGCUGUGCGCAUCGUUCUUGUGACAGAGGACACACUUAUUUUUAUAUCUUUGCACAAAAAACCAAAAAUGCACGAAAUCAGAGAAAGCGCUUGCCACAUAACGCCAAACAUGAAGGGAAAACGCAUUUGGAUGACGAACAACUGCCCUGGCACUUCCAUUGCCUAUGUGGGUGUACUCAGUAGAGAGCAUAUGCUCAAAGAUGAUCACAAUGAUAAUAGACAUGACGAGUCGUCAAGGAGGAGUCAAGUAAAGAAAUCAAUUAAAAAUGGCCUGAACUAUUCCAUUCUCCUUGAGUCAUAUCAGUGUAACUUUUGGUUGAAUCGCUCAUUGAACCCCGGUUGGAGUUCAGAAUAUUGCACCACAAAAUUAGAAAAUAGGGAUGGCAUUUUUGUCGAAUGCACCUGCGAUAUCCUCGGAUCGCAAGCCGCGCGCAUAUUUCCCGUUGCCGCCGAACGACAUAUUACGGUGUUAGUCUUUCCCAUACUGGAGACAAAUUGGUAUAUGUUUGCCUUAUUUGCGAUGCUACUCCUACUGCUUUUGUUGGUACUUCUUACGUAUAUCAGUCGUAUGGGCGACCUGGUGCGUCGGCCUAUCCAGCAGUGCCAGAAGAAGAAUGUACGGUUCAAGAAGGACAUGACGUUUAAUCCGGAAAAGGCAAUACUUGUAGUGAUCAAAACUGGCGGUCAUGAGUUCGCUGGAACCACUUCCAACAUCAAAUUCUACUUUAAAUCGUACAAUGGCAGACAGUCCUCGUACAUGAUAUCACAGGAUCCGAUGCGACCACGUCUCGUACGGAAUAGUAUCAAUAAAAUAAGCAUGCCUGGCGAUAGCGUGCAAAUACCCACCCGUCUGGCCCUUGGCAUCGAACGGAAUGGACGGUAUCCGAGAUGGUAUUGCCGGACGGUGUCUAUUGCCCAAUUGGAGAAUGAUAUGGAGCAACUUUUUAUAGUCGAAAGAUGGAUCGAGGAGGGGCACACGCCCUUCAUUCAUUCCCCCUACUUCACACACUCGGAAAAUGCAAGGCCCGUGCAAUCCUGGACGCGACGUUUCCGGAACAGUUUCGAACAGCGUUUCCUCAAUUGGUUUUUGAUCAGCCCCAUGACGGGGCCGUGGCUAAGCCGCAAUACGCUCUAUACGAUGACACGAUUUGAACGCUCUUGCGUUUGGAUUUGUAAUGUCAGUCUAACGAUUCUCUUGGUCAGUCUCUACUUUGGAGCCUCUCCGUUUGAGCCGGUCAUCGAGGAGUCCCUCAAAGAUCAAAAGACUAGUCUAAAACUGAAGGAAGUUCUCAUCCUAGGGGCAUAUUCUGUUGUUAUCGGAAUCAGUGUGCUUUUGUUCUUUGAAUUUGCGAUCAUGCGUUGUCUCUGGCGUCGGCAUUGAAAUGGAAAAUGCUUAAGGAAA